GAGUGUUACGUCGUAGUGGUAAAGCUACUACCUUUCAGUUGCGUCAUGGUAGUAAAGCAACCACUUUUCAGUUGCGUCAUAGUGAUAAAGCGACCACUUUUCAAAAGGAACGAGCUCAAAAUACGUUUCAUAAGGAAUAUCCACCGAUGAAACACACUGCACAAUAA